AUGGCAGAAGAGCUGGUGGGACAUCCGUGUAAGGCCUUGCACUGUCGACAGCAGGAAACAUGCAAAAUUGAGAAUGGACUGGCCAAAUGUGUCCCCAACUUCAACGGAAGCUGCUGGGGCUGGGGGGAUCCACACUACCACACCUUUGACGGAAUGGACUUCGAUUUCCAGGGCACCUGCUCUUACACCAUUGCCAAGUACUGUGGAAGCGACCCUACAUUGGUUCCUUUCACCAUAGUUGAGAAGAACGACAACAGGGGCAACCAGGCCGUGUCCUAUGUGAGCCUGGCCAACAUCUUUGUCUAUGGGUACAAGAUCUCCAUCUACAAGCAGGAAGUUGGAAGAAUCAGGUUAAAUGAUGCCAUUUUCAGCCUGCCGUUGACUCUUGAAGAGGGAAAGAUCCGACUGUUCCAGAGCGGCCCCAGUGCUGUCCUGCAAACCGAGUUUGGCCUCCAAGUGACGUAUGACUGGAAGUGGCACCUGGUGAUCACCCUCCCCAGCAGCUACUACAAUGCCACGUGUGGCCUAUGUGGCAAUUUCAACCGGGACCCAAGGGAUGACAUGGCCCUUCCCAAUGGGACCAUGGUGUCCUCCGUCACAAGCUGGGCCAGCAGCUGGAGAGUCAAGGACCGAGACCCCUUCUGCUGGGAUUCCUGCCAGGGCAACUGCCCAACCUGUGAUGAGAGCAAGAAGGAACUGUAUGGAAGCAACGCGCACUGCGGAAUCAUCAGGAAUGCCUCAGCUGGGCCCUUCAGAGAAUGCCAUGCCAAAGUGAACCCAGAUGACUUCUUUGACAGCUGCAUUUACGAUGUGUGCUUGAAUGGUGGGGCCCAGGGCUUCCUCUGCCAGGCACUGGAGGCCUACGCAAAAACCUGCAGGAAAGCAGGUGCCCUGAUCUACGACUGGAGGACCCCAUCUGGCUGUGCUUUGCAGUGUCCCGAGAACAGCCACUACGAGUUCUGUGGGAAUGCCUGCCCGGCCAGCUGUUCGGACCGCACGGCUCCCUCCACCUGCCAGGAGCCCUGUGUGGAGACCUGCCAGUGCGACGAGGGCUACGUCCUCAGCGCCGACAAGUGUGUGCCCACAGGCAGCUGUGGCUGCACCUACAAUGGCUUCUACUACAAGCCCGGGGAGGAAUUCUGGGCUGGUGGGAACUGUGGUUCCCGCUGCACGUGUGAUUCCAGUCUGGGGAUAGUGGUCUGCAAGCCAGCCAGUUGCCAAGCUAAUGAGCAAUGCGCUCUGGUCAACGGGGUCUGGGGCUGUCACCCCGUCAGCUAUGCUACGUGUUCAGCAUCUGGAGACCCUCACUACACCAGCUUUGAUGGAAGGAGGUAUGAUUUCAUGGGGACCUGUAUCUACCAGCUGGUAGGACUUUGCUCUGAUGACCCGACUCUCAAGCCUUUCACUAUCAAUGUGGAGAACAAUAACCGAGGCAACAAGAAGGUGUCCUACACAAAAGUGGUAACAGUGGAGGCCUACAAUCUGAGCAUUGUGCUGAGCCAGGAGCAUCCACGUAGGAUCCAGGUAUGGAAGUGGGCAAAUUUGGUGGGUGCCCUGGGAAGGCCCUUGGGUUCUUAG